AUUAUCUUCCAUAUGUUCAUCUAGGACGCUCAUUAACUCGCGUUAUUCAUCUCCAAUGCCAUGUUCUUUGCCUUCAGGCCACACUGAAGCAGCUCUACUCGUUUCUCUCUACGUGACGCGGGGUGGAUCGGGCCAGCUUGCCUUCGCCUUGCGAUUUGGACUCCGCCAAUUCAACACAGAGCCUCUGGGGCACUCUUGAGCUCGAAUUUUGCGACGCCCCUCCAGAAUCCGAGUCGCAGGUUUCUGUUCCUGCUUUUCCCCUUCAAUUGGGUUCAGACUUGUCCUUGGCCCUGGCUGAUGAUGCUGAAGCAAUAGUCGCUCCUCUUCCAUUAUUGACUAGCCGCACUCUUCGUCCGCCAUGAUCGAAAGCGUGGUAGAAGUCGCCUUUUACAUUUCGACGGCGGUGACCGUAUUCAUUUUCAUGCUACCCUCCCAAUACCAACCACAGCGCCCCAGCAGUAAAGAUGUUUCUGACGAGCCCAAGACUACCGCGCAGGUCCUGGUGUUAGGUGACAUCGGACGUAGUCCGCGCAUGCAAUAUCAUGCAUUGAGCAUCGCCAGAGGUGGUGGUCAGGUCGACAUCAUUGGAUACCAAGAGUCGGAGGUCCACCCGGAGAUUUCGUCCCACCCUAGGAUAUCCAUUGUGCCCCUACCUCCCCAUCCGUCCUAUCUACAAACGAGUAACAAGAUCCUCUUCCUCCUCUUCGGGCCCUUGAAGGUCCUAUUUCAAAUGGUAUCUUUGUGGUGGGUCCUGGCAUAUCGUACAAAACCUGCCAAAUGGCUUCUUGUCCAGAACCCACCUUCUAUUCCAACUUUAGCGAUCGCGUCACUCGUCUGCUUCUUUCGGCAAACCCGCCUAAUCAUUGAUUGGCAUAACUUUGGAUACACUAUUCUGGCUCUGAAGCUUGGGGGCAGUCACCUGUUGGUCAGGCUUUCGAAGUGGUACGAGAAAGUGUUUUGCAAAUACGCCUCUGCGCACUUUUGUGUAACCAAGGCCAUGGCAUCAGUCCUGAAAAAUGAAUUUGCCCUAAGCAUGCCUAUUUUGCCGCUGCACGAUAGGCCAGCAAGUGAUUUUCAACCGAUUUUAAAUGUCGAAGAACGCGAAAAGUUCCUUCUGUCUCUACCGGAGACAGCCCCCGUGCGCCACUUGAUUAAAGAUGGUAAUCUCAAAGUGAUUGUCAGUUCGACCUCCUGGACCCCGGACGAAGAUUUUUCGCUCCUCAUCGAUGCUCUGUGCCAAUAUUCGAAAUUGGCAAGCACGACAAAGCUUGAUCUGCCUCAAAUUCUUGCGAUCAUUACGGGCAAAGGGCCCCAGCGUGAUAUGUACGUCGAACUCAUUUCAGAAUUGCAAAAAGCUGGCAAACUCAAAAAGGUCACAAUCUGCACCGCAUGGCUGAGUACGAGCGACUAUGCACGUUUGCUAGCUUCCGCAUCCCUAGGUGUCAGUUUACACACUAGUAGUAGCGGCGUUGAUUUGCCCAUGAAAGUUGUGGAUAUGUUCGGUUCUGGAUUACCUGUGGUUGGAUGGGACCGUUUCGAGGCGUGGCCUGAACUGGUAACCGAGGGGGUCAAUGGGAGAGGCUUUGGAAGCUCCAACGAACUUGCAGAACAAUUGGUUGACCUUCUUGGAAACCCAAAUAAACUUGAGAAGCUCCGUACCGGUGCACGGAACGCAAGCGCUCACCGUUGGGAAGAUGAGUGGAAUCCGGUAGCCGGGAAGCUUCUAGGGCUUCUAUGAUGCAACCCCAAUCAGUGAUUCAUAGCCUGACGGUUUAAGGGUCAUAUAGGUUUAAGCACGAUUGGCUUUAUCCACUAUGGACGAAACUUUCCAUUGCAGUAGAUACAGGUAUCAAACACGCUUGACAGGUUGUUGUAGGUUUGUUGGAUAUUCUGAGGUGUGGAGAGGCCAAUCAGGCCCUCGUCGAGGUAUUCGCUUUUGCACACGGAGCAGAACUUGGAUACCCCAGGUUCCUGGAUCGCGAGAAAUGUCAGAUUACACCGGACUAUAUAUUUGUCAGCAAGGGCUCAACUUUCAGCGCCAUAGAUAAUAGACCACGCUUUCUACACACCAAAAACAUGACCAGCAGCACACUGUGCUUCCUUGGCGGAGUCCCAAGCAAUACCAGCAUCGC